UCCGACCGCCUCUGUGACAGUUUGCGUUUUGCGAGUGGAGAAUUUUAGAAUUAUGAAGUAAAAUAUUUUCAUUAAUUAUCGUGUUUAAAUGACAGCAGGAAAAGAAACCAUGGGUGAGCAGCCGAUCUUCACGUGCAAGGCCCACGUGUUCCACAUAGACCCGAAGACGAAGCGCUCGUGGAUGUCGGCCAGCUCCGCGGCCGUCUCCGUCUCCUUCUUCUACGACUCCUCCAGGAACCUGUACAGGAUCAUCAGCGUCGAGGGCACUAAGGCGGUGAUCAACAGCACGAUAACAGCGAACAUGACGUUCACGAAGACGUCGCAGAAGUUCGGCCAGUGGAGCGACGUGCGAGCCAACACCGUCUACGGGCUGGGGUUCGCGUCCGAGCCUGAACUUGGCAAGUUCAUCGAGAAGUUCCAAGAGGUGAAGGAGGCGAUCCAGGCGCAGCAGUGCGGCGCGGGCGCGGGCGGCGUCGCCAACGGCAGCAGCGGCGGCGCCACGCCCGUCGCCAGCGCCACCGCCAGCCCGCUGCUCGCCGGCCGCACCGCCGCGCAGGACGAGCCGCCCGCCGUCGUCUCACCCGCACAGCCGAAAGUGGAAAACGACGAGAUGAUGGUCCACCAGAGGGCGCAUUCCGUUUCAUCCACUCUACAGGGCGGGUACGCGACGGUGGGCCGCGCGCCGCGCGCCGCGCUGGCGGGCGAGGCGCCGCCGAGCGCGGACUCCGCCGAGCAGCAGCUGCGCUACGAGAACGACCGCCUCAAGCUCGCGCUCGCGCAGAGUUCGGCGAACGCGAAGAAAUGGGAGGUGGAGCUUGCGACCUUGAAGAGUAACAACCUCCGGCUGACGGCCGCGCUGCAGGAGAGCACCGCCAACGUGGACGAGUGGAAGCGGCAGCUGCACCAGUACAGAGAGGAGGUGGCGCGCGCCAGGCACUACGCAGGGAAAGCCGGGGACGCUACUGAGGUGGAACAGCUGAGGCAGCGCGUGGCGCAGCUCGAGGCGGAGCUGGCGCAGAAGAACGAGGAGCUCGCGCAGAUCACCAAGUCUAAGAAGAGCGAACAGGACGCCGAGGCGAAGCUGGCGCAGAGCCAGCUGGAGCUCGCGAUCGCCGCGCAGGAGGGGCAGCGGCAAGUCAUACAGGCGCUCAACGACCAGCUGGCCAGGCAGCUCGAUGAACUGUCCACGAUCCACCGCGAGAUAAACACGGCGUUGCAAACAUGAGACGCGGCCUGCGCUCCGCCGCCCGCCAUAUACGCGUCCGUGUGCAAGGAGCGCGACCACCGCGCCGAGCGAGCGGAGCGGCCCGAGCGCGCCGAGCGAGCCGAGCGCGCCGAGCGAGCGGACCGAGCCGAGCGAGCGGAGCGGCCCGAGCGACCCGACCGGCCCGACCGGCGCCUGCCGCUACUGCUGCGGCACGACGCCGAGGAACCCACCUACGUCACGGUCAAGGCGAAAAAAUGAAGAGUGCUCUCGGUAUUUCGCAAGGUGCACGAGUUUUUUUAAAUUUCUUUUUCAAUGGGUGAGAGCGAGGAUUCGGAGAAUUUUUUGAGUUUAUUUUCUUGAUUUUUGAUCCAAUUAUACAUUUAUAUUUUCUAACAAAAUAUUAGGUUCAGAAAUACAUGAUUAUUUUUUCACCUUUUGAAUUGCUAUUUAUAUUUAUUUACCAACAUGUGUUGUAUAAAUAUAAAAUUUGUAUAGACAUUACUGAAGUUUUAAGUAGCUCCAUAUUCUCGCUCAACCAUGCAUUUAUGUCUGUAGAUGUAUUCAAACGCGUAACUCCAACUCUCCUGUUAGUGAAACCAUUUGUCUCAACAAUAAUCUCUUCAAGAACAUUGUAUUAUAAUGGUCGAUAUAUACCGCCAACAUCAUAAUGGUGUAUUGGUAUUAAUAAUUUUCGCCUUUAAACGUGAACUUUUACAGUCGAUACUCGAAUGACAUACUUAUAAAUAAAAAUAAUAAGCAUCUCAAUUAUUCUAAUGAUAGUUUUGUCUGUGAAUUUCUACAAACUUACAAUGUUCUGAAAUCUUAGUACACAAGGUAUCCACUUAAAAGUUCACAAUAGUAAAGGCACGUGUAUAUACAGAAAAAUGAACAUCCUAUAUAUUGAUUGCAUCGUAAUGUAAUCAUUACUUACGAUCCUACGUUUUAUCUAUAUUAAAUAUCAUUAUUCAUGAAAUUAAAGUAGAAGCACCAGUGAAGAACACGUGUGUCAUCGGGGAAGGACUAGGGAUAUGAGAAAUGUCGCUAGAUAUGAUAACCAGCAAUUGUUAUACAGGUUGAUGGGAUAAACGACGGACAUAUUUAGUUAUAUGGUACUUUGUGUCUACUAAAAUCAAGUAAAAAUGUUUCUUAAAGAAAAUACUGGAAACUAAGCCAUUAAUUGUUUAUGUCCUGCGGGCGGAGCAGCAGGUUCGUGAUCGCGGUAAAAAGCCUCUUAAGAUCAAUAGCAUACGUUACCUAUUCCCUUGCACUACUAAGGUCUUCUUUGUAACACAUUUGGAAAGAACUAAUACUGAAUAUGAUCGUCGUUCAGUCCCCUUUAUACUAAAAAUCAAUCUUUAAAGCUUAUGUAACAUAUUUAAACUCUUCUCUCUCAAUCAUUUUCGUUUACCGUCUAGUCCUAUCCAAUUUUCGAAACAAAGUUAGCUCUCUGUCCAAAUAUCCGAGUUAUUUCGAGUGAUACAAUCCCACCAUUACAUCUUGUGUACAUAAUUAUUUCCAGUUUUGUGUAACUUAACGAUCGUAUGCCAAAAAAUAUAAUUUUAUUUAUAGUAGUAUUGUGUGGCUGCACGGUGAAAUACCGAUUUUGAUGAUAAAAAAAAACUUUAUUCUCGUUUCAAUGACUUCGCCUGGUUUGCGGUAUGGCGGUGGCAGACGCUUUCGGGGUUAUUUUAAUUGAGCUGGCGACAGCGCACGCGCAAAUUUAGGAUUACUAUGUUUAUUCAGAUCUAGAAGCUCAUAGUGUUAUUUUCCUCAAGUGUGUGUAUUAGGAAUGUUAUAUACAGGCCUGGUUUAUCAUUCUGUGGACGUCUGCGACCGCCACAUGGAUCAGCAGGCUGUGCCAUGUCUUAGUGUAAAAUGAACUAUUCCAUAAAAAUAAUGAUAAAAACGUAUGUGUUUCCGACGUUUCGCCCCGAAACACUAGAGGGCAGUCGAAGCGUUCACUCACAAAUAUCGCUUCGAUGGACACCGAAGGCGUCGCAUUAAAUUAUUACAUAGUUGUAAGGCUACCUUUAAUUGUAUGUUACGGUGAAGCGAAAUUAAUACUCUAUUUGAUUCCAAUUCAGAUCUGGUUUAUGCAUUUCCUUGGUCCAUCACAUUUAUUUUGCUCGAAUACGUUGUCCACAUUAAAUGUAAGUUAGAUUAGAAACAAUAUACCAUAGGUUAUGUAAUGUACAAUUUCGUUUCGACUUCCUACUGUGUAGGCUAAUAAAUAUCUAAUGUAACAUUAAUAUUCCGAUAUAUAAAUGGUUUUUAAUCGAGUAUAAAGUUUCAUAUCUAGAUUUACGAUUUGACGCCGGUCUGGUUCAGUGUUAUAUUUUAUUAUGUAAACGUGCACUUGCGGCCAGAAGGUUAGUCUGUACACAAAUAUUGGAGGACAAUUAAUAUGUUCUCAAUUUAUGUGUGGUUAAAUGAUUCACAAAUGUUUGAACUAAUUUUACAACACGGUUUGAAAGUAUGGCACUAAUGUGUUGAAUCGUCAUAAUAAUAAUUGAAAACUGAACAUCACAAAACAUCCGUCUAUUUAUUCCCGAAUAUUAAUAUUAUUUUUUUUCUUUUAGUUUCGUUUUUUAAAUUUUUAUUUCGUUAUGUUUUAAUGCCCUGUAUUUCAUAGACCCCUUAGCAAAUUAGUGCACACUUUGAGAGACAAUAGAUGUCGUACUUGCAAAAUUUACUUUCUCCAGCGCCUUUAUAUGUAUGAAAAGGUUGAGUCAAUUAAAAUUUCUGUCUGUGAUUUUUACACCCAGCUAUGACUUUGUUUUCGUACCGACAGAUGUUUGUUGUCUCUCAAAGUAAAAAAAAAAUGAAACCAAAAUGAUAUCAUUGAAAAAGGCUGAGGACACAUUUUUAAGAUAUACAAUGUCUUCUGAACAGGGUAAUUUGAUUUACUGUUGUGUAAUUUUUGAAUAUUGAAAAGAAUUGUUAUUCGAUUUUUACUGUCGUCUACUGCAUACAUUCUCCGUAGUGGAAGCGAAGCGUUUAGCGUGGUGUCGUACGCGUUUACGAUCGACAAUCUUAGAUCAUUGUGUAUACUGUAUUGAAUGUUCAUGAGCUUUUUUCUUGAACAGUGUCUUAGUGUCACGUGUGUCCAACCAUAUUCAGCGCUGUUAAAAAAAAAAACUAUAAUUGUAACUAAAAGUAAUAACCAUAAAGCAUAUAAUCCUAUGAGGGUUAUUUUUAUUCCAAAUACAAUUACAUAAUCUCAUGUCGUUUGGACGUUACUUGGUCUUCUUUAUUUAAAUAAAUUGUGUUUCUUUCUAUAAGCGUAAAAUAAUUGUUCUGUAUCGAACCAUAGAAACAUUUGACACGAAAUGAUAUUAACACACUAUUCAGAGUGAUGCUGAUUGCAUCUGUAAUAUUAUAAUUUAUACAUAAAUAUUUAUAUAACUUUUGUAGACGCUAAUAUAUAAUUUGGAGCACUCGUUAAAUAUUGUUUCAACUAGAUUGCAAACACAUGGACAAAUUUAUUUCUUACCUAUAUAAAUAUUUAAUGUAGGAUGGAUAUGUGAAUGUUUAUAACUCUUAUAUUUAUUUGUAAAUGUAAAUCUUGUUUAUCGAAUAUAGUUAAGUAGAAAUCGAAUGAUCUGUUAUGUAAGAUAACUGUAUAAAAUAGUUUAAUGUGUAAGUGUUAUUUCCAAUGUCAUGUAAUACUGGGGGGUAGUGUGUGAUUGUAUUUCUAGUGGGGAGGUGCCCGCUGGCUCCCUCUGGGUGUAGGCAGAUAGCUACAAUAGCCUCUAAUGGCCGUAAUAAAAAGAUUUUGACUGUCAAAUUUGGGAACGUCUGAACUAGCGUACUAGUUAUGUAACUAUAUCACUAUCGUUACAAUAGUUAAAUGAAUUUAACAGAUGUAUAAUUUCCGUAUGAGGCUCGCUGCGAGUCGAUGAUUAUUUUGUGGGAAAAUACUUAAAAUUAAAUUAAUAAAAAAUAAAUUAAAAAAAUAUUAUAGCGCGACCGAGUACAGUGGCCCGAAGUGUCCCACCGAUUGUAAUGUCCUUUAAGGAGUGCCAACCAAUGAUGCAGACUUAUGUCUCUUGGACGACUGUGUUCGGUAGUUUAAUAAUAAAGUUGUUGUAAUCGCAUUAUAGUUUGUAAUUUAUUCAAAUAUAUUAUGUAGCGGUCGGCUUUGUAUUGGACGCUGUGUAGUUAUAAAACUCUAGAUUUGGAAAAUUUAAUGUUAUCAACAAUAUGUGGAUUGUUACCCCUCUAAACGUAACUUGUGUGCAUUGGUUUAAAUUAACUUCCCAGUUUAAUAGCUCUAAUGUUUGUUUGUAGUAAUGUUACAAGGCGUUAAGUUAAGAAUAGUAUAAAAAUUGUAACAACUUUCUCACAUAUGGUAAGUUUGUAAUAUAUGUAGUUGAUCCGUUGAUAUGAAACGCGAAAUACAAAGCGGGCCGCAAGUAUGUGUACGUACUACGUAAUAUCUUCCAUUAGUCUUGUAGUCGCUGUGGGCUGCCGUAUGCGUUAACAAAUAAAUACUAUAACGUGAAUUUA